AUGGCAACCGUCUCGGAUUCCAAAAAGAAUGAUGAGCAGACGAUCAAGGUCGCAUCGAAGAAGGAUCCCAAGAAUAAACCUGAUGGUCCCAUAAAGCUAAAGAAACCCGCCCCGAAAUACAACAAGCCUGGAAACUGGAGAGAAGGGAGUAUUGUUGAAGAAGACAAGAAGUCGAAAAAAGACGGUUCCCCAACGAUUUCUGUCGCCUCCCCUGGGCCGGUGGUAAACCCACUCGAUGACAGCGCCCGCGAAGCCUUCGCGACAGGUAGACCGCUCGAGGACACACCCGAUCUGCAGCAAUGCAAGCACUGCAAGAAGAGCAUUCUUAAGACGGCUGCCAAAGCCCACAUCGCGCAGUGUCUCAAGUUAAAAAAGGAGAAGGCUCAGCGCAAGAAAGAGGCGAGAGAAGCACGUGAAAGGGCCAAAGAGGCUGCACGAGAAGAAGAGGCCAGGAAAGCAGACGAAGAUGCCGACGGCAAGGGCGAAGACGAUAGUGAAGUUGAUGAAGAUGGGGCCGAAAAAAAAGCUGUUGGCAGCAAGACCACGAAAAAGGCCGCUGGCAAGAAGACCGAUGGUGACACUGGAAAGGGCAAGAAGCGCAAGGCAGAUGGAGAUGCCGAGAAAGGACCCAAGCAGAAGAAGAAGAAGGAAGAGCCCAAGCCAAAAGCUCCUAAACCAAAAGGCCCCGUCGAUGUCGAACGGCAAUGCGGUGUCCUGUUACCCAAUGGACAGCCAUGCGCGAGAUCACUCACGUGUAAGAGUCAUAGCAUGGGGGCAAAACGUGCCGUCGCGGGACGGUCUCUACCGUACGAUAUGCUUUUGGCGGCGUAUCAGAAGAAGAAUCAGGCUAAACAGCAAAAGGCUGCUCUCGAUGCCAACGCUCCACUGGAAGACGAAGACGAGGCCAACGCCGGACCGGUCGACUCGGAUGAGGAGACGGCCGCUGUCAUGAGUGCAUUGGCGCAUUGGAAACCGCAGCCCGUGGUACCACAACCACUCCUUAACCCGAUCAAAAGGCAGUACCAGCUUGCACGUCUACAUGAGCAGCUGCAGAUGGCGACUAACGGCGGCCGAACAAACAUUUUCAAAGUGAACGGUUUCGGUGCGCAGAGGCUGCCUCUCGGCCACCCAGGCUUCAUGGACACAGAAGACGCACCGGGAGAGCCUGACACGGCGGAUGUGAACUUUGGAGGUGUUCGCAGAUCCUCAAGCUUCAGCAUGCAAAGCCAGCCGCCACAACGAAGGCCAUCCGUGACAAGCAGAGCCUGA